UCUGCAGCUUCUCAGCAGGAGCUUAGAGUAACUGCUGACACAGCAGGUGGCUUGCACUUGCAAGCUGUCCUGUGUCUCUGUGGUGGUGCUGUAACCAAGCUACACAGGUGCAGAGGAGUGCUUUGUCAAUGCCUCACCAAGACCCAACCCUGUAGUCUGAUUUCCCCUCAAGCGCAAAGGGAAUGGCAUCAGGAGUCCCAGGCAGGAAAUUGCCACUAAUAACAGUGACAACUGCUGGCCCACCACAGUAGGUAAAGCCUUCCAGGGAACACAAAGGACUUCCAAGCCCCACCCUGGAGAGGGAAAGCUCGCCUCUGGGCCCUAAUUCACUCCGGAGGAGUCUCCACAGUUCACACCUUUUUAGGACAAAUCAGUGGUGCACAGACGGCUUUGCCAUGUCUGCUGGUUCCACUCCCUGCCCCAUGGAGUCCACAGAGCUACCGGGGGUCCGCAGCCCCCCUGCUCCCAGGCCCCGGGCGCAGCGCGCUGUCGUCCCAAGUGGCCCAGCGCCUGCCCGCGAGCCAAGGGCAGGCCCAACGGUCCUGGUCCUGGGCUGAGCUCCCUGCGCCCCGCCCAGCCAUGUUCCUUCUCUUGGCGCUGAUCGCUGGGCUUGGAGAGCUGCGCGCCCGUCAGGAUGCGGGGGGCGUCUUCCUGCGCGUCACGGUUCCGCGGCGGCUGAGGCCCGCGCAGAGUGCAGCCCCCGGGAGGACGGUGAUUUACGUUAUCACAAUUGAUGGGAAACCAUGCACCCUGCAUCUCAGAAAACACUCAUUCCUACCCCAGAACCUACGGAUUUAUACACAAAAUGAGACCAGAGAUUUGCCUUCUGAGACUUUGUAUUUUACAACGAACUGCCAUUACCAAGGAUAUGCUGCGGAAUUUCCAGAUUCAGCUGUGACCCUCAGUAUCUGCUCUGGUCUCAGGGGAUUUCUCCAGUUUGAGAAUGUCAGCUAUGGAAUUGAACCACUAGCAGCUUCGGCAAGAUUUGAGCACAUAGUUUAUCAAGUGAAAAAUGACGAUCCAGAAAUACCGUUGUCAGCAGGAAAUUACACUGUUUGGCAGAAAGACCAGCCUUCCAAAGUUCAUUUCAGCUCCCAGAAUAUACUUGCUUCAAAACUGCUACCCCAAUAUCUAGAAAUGCACAUUAUAGUAGAAAAAGGUUUGUAUGAUUAUAUGGGAUCUGAAAUGAUGGCUGUAACACAGAAAAUUAUUCAGAUUAUUGGACUUGUCAAUACAAUGUUUACUCAGUUCAAAUUGACUGUUAUACUGUCCUCCUUGGAACUGUGGUCAGAUAAAAACCAAAUUUCUACCAACGGAGAUGCAGAUGAUCUAUUACAAAGAUUUCUGGUGUGGAAACACAGCUAUCUUGUCCUACGGCCCCAUGAUAUAGCAUACCUACUUAUUUACAGGAAGCAUCCUAAAUAUACGGGGGCAACGUUUCCUGGCGCAAUAUGCAAUCAGAACUACAACGCAGGUGUUGCUAUGUAUGCAGAUGCAGUCACCUUGGAGGGAUUUGCAGUUAUUAUAGCUCAGCUGAUUGGCUUUCAUAUAGGAUUAACAUAUGACGACAUCAGCAAGUGUUCUUGUCCGAGAGCUACAUGCAUAAUGAAUCGUGCAGCAGUGAGUUCCAGUGGUGUGAAGAAUUUUAGCAACUGUAGCUUGCAUGAGUAUAAAAAUGUUGUUUCUAACUUUGAAGUGAAAUGUCUUCAGAACCUUUCGAAGUUGCAGCCAUUCUAUCAGAACCAAGCUGUGUGUGGUAAUGGGGUUUUGGAACCUAGUGAGGAGUGUGACUGUGGUGAUGAAGAGGAAUGUCAACUUAAAAAAUGCUGCAAUUAUAAUACUUGCAAACUGAAAGACUCAGUAAAAUGUGGUUCUGGACCAUGCUGCACAUCAAAGUGUGAGUUUUCAGUAGCAGGCACUCCGUGUAGAAAGAGCACCGAUCAAGAGUGUGAUUUUACAGAGUAUUGCAAUGGAACAUCUAGUGAUUGUGUUCCGGACACAUAUGCACUGAAUGGCCAAUUCUGCAGGCUGGGAACCGCAUACUGCUAUGGUGGAAAAUGCCAAACUAUUGAUAACCAGUGUGCCAAGAUAUUUGGAAAAGGUGCUCAAGGUGCUCCUUUGGCCUGCUUUGAAGAAGUUAAUUCUCUGCAUAAUACGUCUGGAAACUGUGGCUUUAACAAUUCACAGCCGUUGCCUUGCAAGCACAAGGAUGUUCUAUGUGGAAAAUUAGUUUGUGCUGUUCCAAGUAAAAAUGCAGAGGAAGGCGAUGCUCCAGCCGCAACUUUUUCACAUGGUCGUGACCAUGUGUGUGUAUCCAUGACCACUGCGUCAUCCGUGAGACCAGACGGGAGAGAUUAUGCGUAUGUGGCUGAUGGCACAGCAUGUGGUCCGCAGAUGUAUUGUGUAAACCAAACCUGCAAGAAAGUUCAGUUAACAGAAAAUACCUGUAAUGCCACAACAAAAUGCAAAGGGAAUGGGAUUUGUAAUAAUUUUGGAAAUUGUCAGUGCUUUCCUGGCUACAGGCCUCCAGACUGUGAGUUCCAGAUUGGUUCACCAGGGGGCAGCAUUGAUGAUGGCCGUGCUGAGAGAUCUGAUGUGUUUUUUGUUAAAAAAGACUACAAUACACAUCAGAACAACUGGCUGAUUCUGAGUUUCUACAUUUUUCUGCCAUUUUUCAUGAUUUUCAUUAUUGCGAUCAUUAGGAGAAAUGAAGUGAGAAAAUCAUGCGACAAAGAGAACAGAGAACGUGAAGGAGAGAACAGAAACAAGAAUCCACAGAGACGUCUGACAGGUGACCCUGCUGAGAGGAUGUGGGUGAUUUUAGCCAACAAUAAGUCAUAACUUUAUGAAUGAUGGAAAUCAUACACAUUUCGAAUCAAGCAGUUACUCCACUGAAGCAUCAAAAAGAUCCUGGAAAUUCAGAUGGUCACAUGAUUGAUUGCAUAGCAGCAUCUACAGUGGCAUUUCCGCUGGGGCUGCCUCUGCUCUCGACACCUCUGCCUGUGACAUUACCAGAUCCUUCCUCACUUCCACGACUGUUUCGUCGGCCUCUCCUCUUCACCGUGCUCUUGCACUCUUGGAGUCUCUGUGUUUUCCUUUCUCGUGAGCUGCGGCUUCUUCAGCUGCUGCUAGUGUGCCUGCUGAGAACAUCCCUCAGGCUUGGUUUGCCCAAACGCUGUGUGGACAUCUGUGAUGGGCUCCUGGAGACGUCUGGUUUCGAGAUGGCAAAGAGAAAAUUGUUAGACUUCCAGACAGUGUCUCUAGCAACUCACGCGACCUGUCAGAGAACCAACGUGGAGAUAGCCUUCCGUGCCUUCUUUUCACUCCCACCCUACUUUGCUUUACUGACUGGUUCUUCACUGAUUUCAGUGGCUGCAGCCUCCUGAGCCCGUCGUGGGGUUGCCUGUGCAGGAUCUUGUUCCUCAGCUCUGGCACUGCUUCCUCAUUGUCAGAUUCUGUCCCAGACCCCGUCUCAGCCUUGGCUAUGGCCACUCCUGCUCCCUACCGGGGACAGUUUCUGUGGCUUCCCCAGGCAUCGUGUGUGGGGAACAUGGAACCAAGACGGUGGGAGAAAGAGCUUCCCACAGGUUUUGGUACGUUGUGUUUCCAAUUCCAUUUAUUUCAAGAAAUACUACAUUUUUUCUUAAUUUCAUUCUUUCUCCAAUGAUUAAGUAGCAGGUUACAUGCGUUUAUGUAGCGUCUGAAGUUCUUGUUGAUUUAUAGUUUUCUUGCAAUUGUGGCCCAACAAAGAUACUCAUAGAUUUCUACUUCUUACAGUUCAUCAGGAUAUAUUUGGGAUCUUUCAUGUGCUCUGUCAUGAAGAAAGCUCAAUGUGUUGUUGGAAAGCCUUCUGCAGCCAUUGCAUGGGAUGUUCUAUAGGUGUCUGUUAAGGCCAAUUUUGCAACUCACACUUGGUGUUCCUCUGUUGAUUUUCUGUUUGGAUCAUUUGUCAGUUUCUGAAAGUAGGGUAUGAAAUUCCCCUACUUUUUUAUAUUUGAAUCUACCUCUUUCUAUAGACUUAUUAAUGCUUAGUUUAUGUAUCUGAGUGUACUGAUGUUGGGCUGAUAUUUUUUACAAGUAUUGCUUCCUGUUGGUGAAAUGGACCCCUAAUCAUUAUCUAAUGAUCUUGUCUCAUUUUUACUGCUUUAGGCACAAAAUCUAUUGUAUCUGACAUGAGCAUGGCUUGCUGUCGCUCUAUUUAUGGUCCAUUUGUAUGGAUUAUCUUAGAAUCCAUCCUUUCACUUUCAAUAUGAGUGUAUUCUUAAAGAAGAGAGUUUCUUUUUUUAAGGAAAUAUUUAUUUAUGCAUUUAUUUAAAAGACAAAGUGAGAGAGAGACAGUGGGAGAGACAGAAAGAUCUUCCAUCCACUGGUUUAUUUCCCCAAUUUCUACAAUGGUCCAGGCUGGGCCAGGCUGAAGCCAGGAGCCCAGAACUCAGUCAAGAUCUCCCAUGUAGGUGGCAGGUUCCAAAGUACCUGGACCAUCAUCCACUGCUUUCCCAGGUACAACUACAUACAUACAUGGAAAUCAGACAGCUUACUACUGCACAAUCAAUGCAUAAACGAGCAAAAAUAAGAAACAGUCGGAAGCUAGGACUAGACAGGGAGCUAGAACAGAAAUGAGGCAGCCAGAACUCAAGCCAACACUCCCGGAUGCUGCCAGGGCAAGUGGUAGCUUAGCCCACUGUGUCACAACUACGGCCUUUAAGCAGUCUGUAGUUGUUGUUGUUUUUAAUUUUAAUCAAUUCUGUCAGCCUGUGUUUUUUAAUUGAAUUUACGUCACUCACGUUUUAGGUAAUUAUUAACAAGCAAGUUCUUUCUAUUGUCAUUUUGAUACUUGUUUUCUAGUUUUGUUGUAGUUCCUCUCUUACUCUCUUUUGUAUUAUCUUCCUUUGUUGUAAAGUGGUUUUCUGUAGUAGUGUGUUUUGAUUCCUUUAUUAUCUUUAGUAAAUCUACUAAUACAUUUUUUCUUUGUGGCUACCCCAAGGCUUACAAAUAAAACAUAAAGUUUGGUUAUAACAAACUAUUUUGAAAUGAUAACAGCUUGACAUUGAUUGUAAAGACAGCAAAUGAAGAAAUAAGAAGUAUGAGUGAAAAUAACUCUGUUCUUGAACUCCACUCCUCCUAACAUUCUCAAUUUUUGGUAACCGAUUUCACAUCUUUAUAUUCUGUCUUUUAACAUUAUUGUAUACGUUAUCAUUAAUUGUUGUCAGGGCCUUCUGAAUCUGUAUGUGUAGCUACUCUUUCUUGUAUUUUCCUCUUACUUAUCGAAGUCUUCUUCCAGUCUGAAGAGCUCCCUUUAGGAUUUUUUGUGAAACAAGUCUAGUGUGAUAAGUUCUCUCAGCUUCCCUCUGUCUGGGGAAGUCUAUCCCUCCCUCAUAUCUAAAGGAUAGCUUUGCUGGGUACGGUUUUGGCUGGCAGCUAUUUCCCUUCAGUACUGUGGGAGUCUUGUUCUGCUGCCUCCUGGCCUAGGAAAUUUCUCCUGAGCAGUCUGCGGUCAGGCAAAUUCGGCCCUCUUCUGUAUUCAUUGAUUUCCUCUUGAGGACUUAUUGAUUGCACUAUGUCCUGGGGUAGACUCAGUAGAAUCGGAUCUGGGAACCACUGACAUGUGCAUCUCUCCAUGUUUCAGAAGUUUUCUGAUACCAACUUCUCAAGCCCCUCUUUGCUCCAUUUACCCAGGUAUUUGCUCUUUUAACGCUGCACCAAGGGUUUCUCCUGAUUGUUUUUUUUCUUCUUUUUUCUCCUGUUUCCAAAUAGCCUCUCUUCAUGCAAGCAGAUUUUUUUUUUCUGUUUGAUCUCUUUUCGAUGAAUUUUGUUGACCGUGAUUUUCAUUUUGAAGGCUUUCUGUUUCUUUUUUUAAUUUUAAGCUAAUAUGAAACCAUUAAGUUGUUUUUCUCUGUUCUCUUGAAGUCCAUUACGUUUCCUAAAACAGAUACUCUGAAUUCAUCUGAGCCCUUGACAAACUCAGUUGGACAGUGUUGCUCUGGUACUUUGCCCAUUGAGUGAGUCCAUGGUCACCUUAGAAUUCUUGACACUGGGACAGAGCACUGCCUGUGCACUGAAGGGUUAUUUGCUUUUCGCUGUCUUUGUUUUUGUUUCUGAGUGUCCUUCCAGAAAUUCUAAGCAGUUCACUUAUUUCAAGUCUGCGGGUACUUCUGCUGCUUCAGCGCUCGGUGGCGCCCUAAAUCAAGGUUUGCCACAAGUCCUCUGCCAAUGCACUGUCACUACCUCCGUGGUAGGUUGAGCUCAGGUUGCACCAAAUCUGCAGCCUCAGGGGCGGCGUCCAGAAAGCGGUAGCCGCGCCCUGCAAACCUCCCGUAGAUGUUGAGCAAGGUUCAGACCUGGGUUCUACGGCCAUCCGUGCGGCAUGCUAGAGCACACACAGAGCCUGCUCAGUCCAGUCCAGUGCAGGAGUGCAACCAAAGCUCGCACUGCUGGGCAUUUUGCUGAGGCAGAGUUGCUGCAAGGAGCCACAGCAAUGCUGGCUGAAACGUCUGCGUGGGGGGGUGGCAUGUCCACAGCCUGUUCCCUGGGACUGGCCUGGGAAGGGAGGGUCGGAUCCGCCCACUGUUAGAUUUCACUAGCCCAGCUGGCACUGAGUCUCAAGACACCAGUCCUGUCCGGUGUCCCUGGUGGAAGACCCUCCUCUCUCUCACUCUGGCUCUCGCUCUGUGUGCGUCACCCUUUCUUUCAAAUAGAUAAUGAUGAAUAGACAUUUUAAGAUAUAAUAAUAAUGGCAAAGUGAUAGUAAGCAAAUCAUUACCUGAACGUUAGUCAUAGUGAGAAUCCUUUGCACAUGAUUGCUAUUGUCUUCACAUGUGUGAACUCCCAGUUGAUGGGAAAAAUCUGUGUCUAAUCUUUUAUUUAUUCUUAGGUGAUUUUAAGAAACAAAAUUGUACUAAACUGGUGAAAUAAAUAGAUUUGGACUAUUCUUACAGUCACUUUAUAGUUGUAGUUUUUCUGUCUGGUACUUGCUUUUUAAGUCAAUACUAAUGUAAUAAAGUGAAUAAUUUUAUAUUUAGCCUUAUGAUCUGGAAUUCAUAGAUAGUUUUCCAAGAGUCAGACUUAUCUCUAAUAGUUAUCUUUUGGUGUCUGGGUAUAAUUUGAUCUGAAAUUUGUAAAAGAAAUGCAGCAUUAGAUAAGGAUUAUACUGGGAGCUGGCUGCCACUGAACACACUGUAAAUUUCUAUUUUUUUCUGUUUUCCUUC